AAAAUGGAAAAGAAGAAAUCAAGCUUAAUUCAAUGGUGUAUUCGUAUAUGGCAAUUGAUAGCAGCCAUAGGUGCCUUUGGAUUUCAAAUAGGUGCAUCACCGUAUUCAAAAGAGCCUCCACCCUUUGAGACACUGGGUCUAUUGUAUUAUGGUUGGGUGAUAUGCUGGUUAUCCAUUGUGUGGAGUGUAUUCUAUAUCACAAAAUCAAUUCAAAUCAAACGGUUUUUAUUGAUCUUAUUUGAUUUAGUGUUGGCUGCAUUAUUUGGUGUCUGUAUGUGCUAUGAAAUCAGUAGUUAUACAUGUAAACCAGGCAUACAUCAUGGGGAUGUCAUAGUUUAAUCAAUAAAUAUUAUCGUCCAUACAUUUCUUCAAAAUAAGGUGCAAGGCGACUACGAUCCACUGUGGCAAUAUAGUAUUGACCACCAUUGUUUGUCCAACUCACAGCUUCAGAAUAAUAUUCAAAUGCUUCUACUCGUAAAAUAGAUUCAGGCAUAUUCAGUGUACGCUGAUUGAUUUUGUGGUGUUUGGGUACAAAGGAUUUGAGUGAAAUGAUCUUGGUGCCUUCUUUCAAGUCUAGAAACAGUUGAGCGAGUGCUUGAUUGGUAGCAGCAUCAAAAGCAUAGUUAUUGACUAACAAUACAUCUGAUCUUUUCAAGGUAGAGUACAGAUCAUUGGCCGCAACAUCUAAAAAGUCGCCAUGUCUAAAAUGAAUUUUACCUGUAGGAAGGCGCCAGGCU